AGUUUUUCCCCGUUUCUUCCCUGACUUCUCCCAUAUUUUUCCCCCCGAUUUCCCCAGGAACAAGGAGUGUCCCACCUGCAGGAAGAAGCUGGUUUCCAAGCGUUCCCUCCGCCCCGACCCCAAUUUCGACGCGCUCAUCUCCAAGAUUUACCCGAGCCGCGACGAGUACGAGGCGCACCAGGACCGGGUGCUGGCCAAGCUCAGCCGCCUGCACAACCAGCAGGCGCUCAGCUCCAGCAUCGAGGAGGGCCUCAAGAUGCAGGCCAUGCACAGGUCCGGGCGGAAUUCCCGAAAUUCCCAAAUUUUUACGGGAUUUUGGGGGGGCGGGGCCGGGCCCGGGGGGCGGGGCAGCCCCGAGGCCGAGGCGGAGGCGGGGAGCAGCGAGAUCGAGCUCGUCUUCAGGCCACACCCCCUGCUGGUGGAGAAGGGCGAGUACUGCCAGACACGGUGA